UAAAGUUCAGUUAUGAACCCUGUGGCUAUUUUUAGGAAAAAAAUAAAGGCCCUUUUGAAAACACUCGUAACACACCCAUACAUUUAACCAACACACCCUGGUGGAUUUUUCUUCAUGGUUUCAACCAGCUCCUCCAAGUCCUUAGAAAAUAGAGGUUUUAAAUGGUAGGCCUGCAUGUGUGUAUGUUUAUAUAUAAGUGAAAUUUGAGCUAAAAAGCAAGAUAAGGAUUCUCACCAUCCACCAGAAACUUAAAACAGUCUCUGGGAACAUGCAGGGCAAAACAUUCAUAUCAGCAAAAAACUAAUGAAACAAGAUUAUUGGCUGGUCCCAAGCAAGGCUCGAUCUAGGAGAUCAAGAGAGGCAACAGUACAAUGGAUAUGACCUGAUCAAGAAAGACCACAAGCAGUGUACAGAAAAACAGAUAUCUGAAAGUAGGAGAGACACCAGAGCAAAGAUGAAGAUUCGAGAUAUGCAGAUCUGGGGUUUACUCUUGACGUUAAUGGGCUGGAUUUUUGUCGCUUGCUCUAUCGCCAUGGAGGGCUGGAAGGUCGCUUCUGUCGGAGGGCAGGGGGGAAGCUCCAUUAUCACAGUGGGAUGGUACUGGUCCAGUUUGUGGAGGGCCUGCUACACGGAUUCAGCUGCCACAUCCAACUGCUACGACUUCCCUGUGCUAUGGGCUGUGGAAGAUCACAUUCAGAUCACGAGGGCUUUACUUAUGGCCGGGAUGGCCACUGGAGUGCUGGGAUUCAUCUUGAGUUUUGUGGGAAUGGAAUGCACCUACAUCGGAGGAAAAGACAAAGACAAGAAGCGCUCAAUGUCCACAGGAAGCAUCUGUCACAUAAUAAGUGGUUUGCUGUCGGCCUGUGGAUACGCAAUAUACGCUCACUACGUCUCUGCAGAGUUUUUCAACCCCAGAUUUGAUGGAUUGCAAUUUGAUUUGGGAACUCCAUUGUUCCUCGGAUGGGCAGGAUGUGCCUUUCAGAUCACUGGUGGAUUCUUCUUCAUGGUUUCAGUUUGCAAGAUCCAGUCUAAGACAUACAACAGGGCCCCAACGUCCAUCGUUCCUGCUUCACAUAGUAAAACUUUACCUUCCUAUCGCACAAAUCUGUCUGUCAUCUCUGAAAUCUCUAGUAAAUCCAGCCUCUCAUCAUUAUCUGAGGUCUCAUCGCAGGCUGAACCAUCAGCUGUGUCUCAUGUUUCAUCUGUGAAAAGACAGAGCUCCAGAACUCGACGGCCAUCGGGAUUCAGACGCAAAUCCAGGAGCUCUGUUAAAUCGGAAGUUUCUCGACCCCUGCGCUCCUCCAUGUCCACAAGGAUAAGCAGAUCGGAUUUAAACAAGAGAAGAUCAUCGGUUCCAUCUAAAACCACCACAAACUUGUUCAACAGGAACUCAUACAUCUAAAAUAUUCAGCUUGGAUCUACUACUUUGGAAACAUUAACAGUGGACACAGUACCACCUGCUGGACAACACAGUGUACUGGACACGCGGAUUGAAAGCAUGUUUUCAUUGAGAACGAGAACCACUAUUUUUAGGUCAAUACUAAAAUAGAUUUUUGAUAUUGAUAUAAUUUUGUAUAAACAGUCACCUUUUUCCUGUUUCCAAUCUCAUAUGGAUCAUUUACAUUUUGCACAAACAUGUGCAAUUCAUACAGCUUAAAUGUAUAAUAACAUGCUGAUUUUAUAUUUGUAGACAAAAACAUUGCAAAAAACCCCUAAAAAACAACAAAAAAAACUUUUUACUAGUAAUUACAGACUUUAGAACACACUGUUUCACAUCUAUUGAGUUAAAAUUUACAUUUUUUAAAUUUAAAAGGCUUAUCCACAUAAUUUGAAACAGAUUGCCUUUGAGGAGCUAUCUGUAAAAGUGUCUCUUGAUUGUAUUUUUAGCUGAUUUACGUUUUUUUUUGUGCAGAAUUGUAUUUUUAGCUGAUUCAUGUUUUUGUGCGAUGUUCCACAUGACAAGACUAUGACAUAAACAU